AUGGCCAAGUCUGUCGAUGCCAACGAGCUCAAGCAGCACAAGUCUGACGAGUCGGCCUGGGUCGUCGUCGACGGCAAGGUGUACGACGUGACCGACUUCCUCGACGACCACCCCGGUGGCAAAAAGAUUCUGCUCAAGAACUGCGGCAAGGACGCCAGCGAGGCCUUCUGGACGUACCACAGCGAGAAGAUUCUGGAAAAGGUGGCAAAGGACAUGGAGAUUGGCGAGUUCAAGGACUCGGCCAAGCUCUAG